AUGGAGGCUGCCGCUCUUCCUCCCGGGCUGCAGCACCUUGCUCCCAUGUCAACCGGGACUGUCUUCUUGCUUGGUGUCAUAGCCUUGAUGGGCACAGGGAAUCAUGACUUUAUUUAUGCUUCCAUGAUCGAAUAUCUCAUCGAGGAGUACGAGGAUGGUUCCUUUGUUUGGGAAGAUGUGGACUAUGGCGAAAAAGUAGAUUAUUCCCAUCUUAUCAACCGAAACGUCCUAGAGCCAGUAAAAAUGGCCGACAAAUCAAUGGCUUACAUCCCAAGAUAUGACCAGGCUGGCUUGUUGAAUUGCCUUACAUAUGAGCAAAAGUUAGAGUUGUUUUCGGCAGCCACAAUACUCCUGUUCCCCUUCUUUCCUAUGGGGCGACCCGACGGCUCGAUGUAUCUACACUGGCCCACAUUCAAAAGAUAUGGAGGAGCAAUUGCUGACGAGCCUAGAUAUAUGCGAGAAAUAAAUGAUCGCCACAAUGCCAUCCUCCUCGCUGAAAUUGCAUUGAAAAUUAUCGACCGCCAAGACUUCGAAUCCGACUUUACAAGUUUCAUAGAUCUGAUCAAGGCGCGUUUGCUCACUACCAAGGGCGCCGUCUCUAUUCAGCUUCUUGACUAUACGACGGCCAAAGAAGCGCUAGGAGAAUCGAUCGAAAUUUACCAGAAAUACAACCCUUCAGGUGAUGAUCUAGAGCUUUUAACUUCUCAGGCAUAUCUCGCGUCUGUAGCGGCUGCGCAGGGAGAGUACGAAGAAGCUGUAUCUGUCUCCUGGAAAAUGUGGCUAUUGCUUUCGAGCCCACAUUUCAACGGCAGCAGCAACAACAGACAGAGGAUCUUGCAAAUAAAUGUCUCGAUAUUGGCUGGCAAAGUUGCUAUCUUGGUCGGAAAAUACAGCGAAGCAACCAGUGUGCUCGAUCAUGCAUCCGGUCUGUUCGUCGAGGAAGCAGAUAACCCCAUUUACGACCGUACUAUUCUGCAUGCAUUAGGAAAUCUCCAUUAUGCAAAAGGAAGUAUGGCGGCAGCGAGAGAGUUUUUUCACAUGUGUACACAGGCAUGGAAUUUUGGCAAUAUCAUGCAAGUAAAUCAGGCCGACGAAGAACGAACAAUUUCCAUCUACCAUAGGCUAGCCGUCAUGGAUAUUGCAGAUGAGAGGGCCAGAGCUGCUAGGGUAAAGGUACAAGCUGCCUUGAAAAUAUGCAAAGACACCCGCUCCCCUUUUAUGCUGCCAUGGAAGGGAAGGCUUGAAUUGGCCUGGGCUGAAAUUCUACGCAAAUUUCAUUAUUUCGCCGGAUGCUGGGAACGAGAGGAGAAAGAUCUUCCGGAAAAGCACGAAGAGGCAGCGCAACAAGCAGCAGCUGAACUGGGUAUUGUGACAGUCGGUUUGGUUAAAGAUGAGCAGUUUGCGAAUCUUUUGCCGUGGGACAUACUGUAG